GGCGGACCGCGCCUGCGCCGUGGGAGCUGCUCCCGGCUCCUGCUGGGCCUUGGCUGGCUGCAGUCUCAGGCUGACUGCGGCAGAAGUGGCAGCUCGAGUAAGAUGAGGCUUUUGCUAUUACUCCUGGUGGCGGCGUCCGCGCUGGCCCGGAGCGAUGCUUCGGCCAACCUGGGCGGCGUGCCCAGCAAGAGAUUAAAGAUGCAGUACGCCACUGGCCCGCUGCUCAAGUUCCAGAUUUGUGUUUCCUGAGGUUAUAGGCGGGUGUUUGAGGAGUACAUGCGGGUUAUUAGCCAGCGGUACCCAGACAUCCGCAUUGAAGGAGAGAAUUACCUCCCUCAACCAAUAUAUAGACACAUAGCAUCUUUCCUGUCAAUCUUCAAACUAGUUUUAAUAGGCUUAAUAAUUGUUGGCAAGGAUCCUUUUGCUUUCUUUGGCAUGCAAGCUCCUAGCAUCUGGCAAUGGGGCCAAGAAAAUAAGGUCUAUGCAUGUAUGAUGGUUUUCUUCUUGAGCAACAUGAUUGAGAACCAGUGUAUGUCAACAGGUGCAUUUGAAAUAACUUUGAAUGAUGUACCUGUAUGGUCUAAGCUGGAAUCUGGUCACCUUCCAUCCAUGCAACAGCUUGUUCAAAUUCUUGACAAUGAAAUGAAGCUCAAUGUCCAUAUGGAUUCAAUCCCACAUCAUCGAUCAUAGCCCCACCUAUCAGCACUGAAAACUCUUUUACAUUUCAGGAUUUUUGCAAGAGCAGCGUGACUGACAUUAUGAAGGCCUGUACUGAAGACAGAAAACUGUUAGUACAGACCAGAUGUUUCUUAGCAGGCUCGUUGUACCUCUUGGAAAACCUCGAUGCAAGACAGUUUUUAGUGCUGGCGCAUUUUGGAAUUCUGCACAUUCGUGGAGUGCAGUAAUACUGUAUAGAAUUUUUCUUCCCAAUCCACUGAGUUAAUAGUUUUCUAAAAAUGUCAGCAUUACUACUUGUACCAUUCUUCCUUAGUCAUAUUUGAAAAAAUUGCAAAAUGAGUUAGAAUUUAAUUUUUUUUUCAAGGAUGUCUGUUAAAUCUGUUGUGAUUUUAUAUGUAUUUUCCUUUUAUAUUGUUUAGAAUUGAUCUUUUUGGAAAUAAGCUGAAGUUCUCACUUUAUAAGAGUAUAUCAGACAUCUCUAAUUUGGUCAUAUCCUACUUAUAUAGGUUUCAAAAUACUGCAGAUUUUGAACAGUACAUUAUACAGAAUUAUGGGGGGGAGAUUGUAUAUGGAAAGUUCUCUAAUAGUUUGUUUGUGUGUGUAUGUGCGCACAUGCGUGUGAAUACCAGAGAAAUGACUAAAAGACCAACUGCUUUUAAAAUCCUGUUAUAGUUCAAGUGUCUUGCCUUGACCAAUCUAAUGAAUUGAUUAACUGGGCCUUUAUAGUAAACUCAAUAAAAAUUAAUCAGAUAUAAGUUAAAUAAAAACUUUGAAUUUA